GGCCGAGCAGUACGAGGCGCAAUUUACUACUGCUUACCCGCCGAGUUCUCGGUAGCUCCUGUGCUGUCAUGUUUUGUGAGAAAGCGACCGAGCUGGUGCGAGAGCUGUACCGCGCGAGCGAUGGGCAGCUUCCUGCCUUCAACGAAGAUGGGAUCAGACAAGUACUUGAAGAGAUGAAAGCAUUGUAUGAACAGAACCAAAUUGAUGUAAAUGAAGCCAAGUCAGGUCACAGUGAGUUGAUUACAACAAUCAAAUUUCGUCAUUGCUCUCUGCUGAGAAACCGAAGAUGUGUUGUUGCAUACUUGUAUGACCGCUUACUUCGCCUCCGGGCACUUAGGUGGGAAUAUGGCAGCGUCUUGCCAAAUGCCGUCCGAUUUCACAUGUCAGCGGAUGAAAUGCUUUGGUUUAACCAAUAUAAAAAGUCAUUGGCUACCUAUAUGAGAUCAUUAGGAGGAGGAGAUGGCCUUGAUCUUACACAAGACAUUAAACCUCCCAAAAACUUGUACAUUGAAGUUCGGUGUUUGAAAGAUUAUGGAGAAUUUGAAAUUGAUGAUGGCACAACAAUUCUGCUGAAGAAGAAUAGCCAGCAUUUCUUACCUCGCUGGAAAUGUGAACAAUUAAUCAGGCAAGGAAUUCUGGAGCACAUCCUAUCAUAAGCUGAAUUUACAAGACUGCUAAAAUACACAUAAAUUAAAUAUUUUUACAGAUUUCAAAAUAGGGUCAAAAAGCAUUUUUUUUCUCAUUCAAUAAUCUUUUUUUUUUUUUUUUAAAAA